CUGAGAACCGUUGGAAGUCUGCGACGCCAUUCUUCCGAUCUCUAUCUCGAGAGCGAGCGAGCGAGCGAGAUAGAGAGAGGCAACAACGAGAAUCACAACAAUGGAAGAAGAAGCUGCCGUGACGCCUUCCUCUUCUCUCCCGCCGGUGGAAGCGCCAGCGGAGGAAGCGCAGGUAACCACGGAACAAGGAUCUACUAACAUCAUAGAGGCUCUUGAUGAUGAUUGCUUCGUUACAUCUCCGAUCCUUAAGGCGGUUCCCGGCCCUGAUCUCUCGUCUACGCUUCUUCUUCUAGGCAGCAAGUACAAUAAUCUGGUGAAGUCUCACCAGGCGCUAAGGAGCGACUGUGAAGUACUGCGGAAGAAAUGCUCCGAGGUGUGCACGCCUAGAUAUGAGAUCUUGAAGAAGAAGUACACGGACGAACGCGAGGAGAGGAAGCGGCUGUACAAUGAGAUAAUAGAGCUGAAGGGCAACAUCAGGGUGUUCUGCAGGUGCAGACCGCUGAGCUUGGAAGAGGUCGCCAAGGGUUAUUCCUGCGUGGUGGACUUCGACCCGGCACAGGACAUGGAACUGCAGAUCACCUGCUCCGACUCGUCCAAGAAGCAAUUCAAGUUUGAUCACGUUUUCGGACCAAAAGACGACCAAGAUGCAGUAUUUACGGAGACGUUGCCGAUUGUGAAAUCGGUCCUCGAUGGCUACAAUGUUUGUAUUUUCGCCUAUGGACAGACUGGAGCAGGGAAGACCUUCACGAUGGAAGGGACCCCAGAAAACCGGGGCGUUAACUACAGAGCUUUAGAAGAACUGUUCAGAAUUUCUGAUCAGAGAAGCUCGAUAACAAGAUAUGAGUUCUAUUUCAGCAUGUUGGAGGUCUAUAAUGAGAAAAUUAGAGACCUUCUUGCAGGUACCUCAGAUCAACUUUUGAAGAGAUUGGAUAUAAAGCAAGCAGCUGAUGGAACACAAGAUGUGCCUGGACUAGUUGAAGCACAAGUCUGCAGUGUAGAUGAGGUUUGGGAAAUUCUUAAAAAUGGUGGAAGAAACAGAUCAGUUGGGUCAACAAGUGCUAACGAGCUGAGUAGCCGUUCUCACAGCUUGGUCAGGGUAACUAUCAAGAGUGAAAAUUUUGUGGAUGGCCAGAAGAACAGGAGCAAAUUGUGGUUGGUAGAUUUAGCUGGUAGUGAGCGUGUUGCGAAGAUUGAGGUGGAGGGAGAGAGGUUGAGGGAGUCACAAUUCAUAAAUAAAUCCUUGUCAGCUCUAGGAGAUGUCAUCUCUUCUCUUGCCUCGAAGAACCCCCACAUUCCAUACAGGAACUCAAAGCUAACUCAUUUGCUCCAAAGCUCUUUAGGCGGGGAUUGCAAGACCCUUAUGUUCGCACAGAUCAGCCCAAGUUCAGCAGAUUUAGGAGAAACUGUAUGCUCAUUAAAUUUUGCUAGCCGAGUCAGGGGCAUUGAAAAUGGUCCAGUCCGUAAACUGACAGAUCCGUCUGAAAGUUUCAAGCUUAAACAAAUGGCUGAGAAGCUCCUUCAGGAAGAAAAGGAAAUUGCGAAGUUGAAUGAGAGUUUGCAAUUGAUGCAUCUCAAGUAUGCAUCUCGGGAGAAUGUCUAUAAGGCACUUCAAGAAAAGAUCAGAGAUGCUGAACAAUCAUGCAGAAGUUACCAACAGAAGGUUAGAGACCUGGAGAACCAAUUAGCAGAUGAGAAGAAAGCUAACAAGGAUACUGCAAAGUUUUCAAAGCCCCCACUGGCUCCUUUGAAGCAGAGGCCUCCUUUACGAAGAAUAAAUAACAUGUUACCACCGCCCGGUCCUCAAACAGUUAAAAUUACAAACUCAACGGCUGAUAAAGAGAAUGAUCUAAUAGCAAACAGAACUUCUGGCAGAGAUCUUGUCAAGCCUCUGAACAAAGCACGGAGGAUAUCAUUGGCAACCUCGGUCAGGAAUGUGCCAAUGCAAAAUAAGAGGGCUUCCAUUGCUGUUGUUCCAGAUGUGACAGAAAGAUCACAAACAUUGCCUGGAGUAAGACAGUGGAAUCACAUGACUGGCACAACCCAGCUUAGACACCGACGGAGUUCAUUGUCCACAUUUAUGUCAUUGACGGCAACACCUCUUGAAGCAGCUAGUCCAGAGGUUAGAGGCAAGUUCAGUGCAUUUGCAUCAAAUAGCAAGCACAGGAGCCCACCGUUAGUUCAAGCAUUGUGGAAAUCAAGGAUUCCUGGUAUUGCUUCUCCUCGGAAAAGGCUUCGACUGAUGUCAAGUCCUGCCACUUCAAAGAACUUAAAUGCUGCACAAUCUUCUGCAAACAAGCUAUGCUUCAGCGUUCAGAAAAGAGUCAUCGUCGGCUCUCCAGCUCCAACAAGGCCUGUGAUGAAUCCAGGAUCCAUGAUAUACAAUCAACUUUUGAGAGAUAAAGAUUUAGUUGGAAGAUUUGGUACAGCUCAGCGAGUUUUGUGCAAGAACAGAAGGCAAUCUGUAAUCUAGCGGUCUCAUAUUGGUACCAUCAAAUGAUUCUUUUUCUUUGCUAAAACUUGUUACAUAGCCAAGAGGACGGACAGGAUUACAUAUUUGUUGACUUCCCAUGAAUAUGUUGUGCAUGAGGUUUUUCAGGUUGCAGAACUGACUGUUAAUGUUGUGUUUUUAACUACAGUUGAAUUUUUUGUGAAGCCUUUA